ACCGUCGUCGCGUGCACGUCGUCGGCACGUCUGUUCGUUUGUUUGUAUAUUCGCUCAAGUUCGCGUUCGAAUCACCAUGUCCGGCAGAGGCAAAGGCGGUAAAGUGAAGGGCAAGUCAAAGUCGCGCUCAUCGCGUGCCGGACUCCAAUUUCCAGUGGGUCGCAUCCACAGGCUGCUGCGUAAAGGUAACUACGCCGAACGCGUCGGUGCCGGUGCACCGGUGUACCUCGCCGCCGUUAUGGAAUACUUGGCCGCUGAAGUGCUGGAAUUGGCCGGUAACGCUGCCCGAGAUAACAAGAAAACUCGCAUCAUCCCACGUCACUUGCAACUUGCCAUCCGCAACGACGAAGAAUUAAACAAGCUGCUCUCGGGCGUCACAAUUGCGCAAGGUGGUGUUUUACCAAACAUUCAAGCCGUGCUUUUGCCGAAGAAAACCGAAAAGAAGCCUUAAAUAUCGACAUCAAUAUCAAACGGCCCUUCUCAGGGCCACAAAAUAAUAAAUUUAUAGAAAAAUUGCCCUCACACACACACACAUAAACCUAUAAUUUUUUAUGUUUGAAAUAAAAGUGCACAAUACAAUAAAUUAGAUUUGUUUUAUAUGUUUUGAAGUAAAAAUAUACGCGUC